UAAGCUCUUCCCUUUUAACUACACAUUAGAGAUAAUAUAUGCUCACUGCGGUUAAUAUAGCUUAACAAUCCUGACAUACACUAUUUUACUAACUUUAGAACACGAUGUACGGUUAUAAUGGUAGUACGGACCCUUCUGGAGCUCCGUACCCUAAUACUUCUGACCCUGGAAUCAUGGGAAAUUAUUACGGUCAAGGAUUAAAUGAGAACCCGAAUGCGGCUUCAUUGAUUUCUAGUUAUCCUGGCUACUACGGUUAUGGCAGUUAUGGUGCUUAUGUACAACCUGAUACUGCAUCAUCUACUUCUUCUGUGAACGUUGGUAUUCAACCUAUUGCCACAGAAUUAGGAACAUCUGAUAACAUAGCUGCUGCAUCUGUUCCUGGCCACAUGGAGUUGCCUCCCACAUCAGUGAGUUACACUACUCACACGGAAGACUUACUUGAAAGUGUUCAAACAUGUCAUAUGCACACAAAGCCAGAUUUAAAUUGCAAAUUCUGCAGGAAAUACAAAUCGGCUGUGCAUGAGCUCAGUCGUUUAUCGCAAUUGAGGUCUCAGGAAGCUACUGAGCGCCCGGACCAGCUUGAUAUGACCAACUCCAGUACUUACAACAUGAACACGCUGUUGUUGAACAACAUUUUGAAUUCGGAUUAUUACAAAUCAUUAUCUACUAUGACUUCACAUCAUUCCAUUAUCGACGAGUUAGCGCAGUACGCUGACCAUGUUGAGCCUUAUUGUAAAACAGCUACUCGGGUUCCUUCUACAUUAUUUUGUUGUCUUCACAAGUUAUUUACGCUUCGUUUAACCGAGAGACAGAUGGAGGAUUUGAUCGACUGUACCAAAUCGCCGUAUCCGCGCUGUUGUGGGUUCUUAUAUUUGAGGUUUGUAUUACCCUCUGAUCAGUUAUGGGCAUGGUUUGAGCCAUAUUUGAUGGACGAGGAGACUUUUGUUAUGAGUGUUAAUCCUACACGUAAGACAACUAUUGGCAAGUUUUGUGAGAGUCUGCUUGUAGAAGAUCGGUAUUUCAACACUGUUCUUCCGCGUCUACCAUCGCGUUUUAAGAAUAUGUAUGGUCCUUAUUUAUGUGGCAUGGAUGAGCAUCGUCGGCGUCGUGUUCGAAACCUGGAGAAUUACGGUGACUUUGUUCCUGGGAAGAAGGUGUCAGCAUUCGUUAAGGGCGAGUGGGUAGAUGUCAAGAUAGAGAGCGUCGAUCUGGACUAUCCAACUGUAACUGUCCAGCUGUCUAACGGGGAAUCCGAAAGUUUAGAUGUAGCCUACAUUUCUUUAUCCAAGACAUCACAACCUGGCAACAAACGGCAUCGUGAUGAGUCUAUCGAUGACCGCGACAGGAAGGGAACAGGCAACUCAUCUGUAAGGCAUGGCGAAUCAAGAGAAGCUUUAUUCCGUGAAUAUAAACGUCGGGAAAGUGAUCGUGUUUUAGCUGUUGGAUUACGGCAAGCGCCCGUCUUCCUUCAACGCAUCCUUACCUUCUAAAAUGCAUACAAAUCGCCGUUAUUGAUAUUA